AUGAGAGACGACAGUGUCCGCGCAACAUGCGUUGACACUGACAGCAUCACCCUUGCCUCCAACUUGCCAGCCAAACCGUGCCAACCUAUGGAAACUGCCCUUUUGCUUGUCCAGCUGGACACUGGGGAAAAUCUCCAGGGGCUCGCUCCUUAUGGUGAGCAGACCCCUGUCACGGCGGAUCCUGCGCACUCAAAUUGGUGCUUAUUCUGCGACAAGGUCUCGGGCUAA